AUGCAACAGAUGCAGCAGCAGAAUCAGAUGAAGAUGCAGAUGAUGCAAGGUAUGCAGGGACAACAACCUCCGGCUCCAGUUCCCGUUCCUCAUGCUCCAACAGGGCCAGAUUUUCGUGCUUUCUUCAGAAUGGAUCCUCCAGAGUUUGCAAGUGGCUUAGACCCGGUGGUAGCUCAUGAUUGGUUGGCUAGUAUGGAAAGGAUAUUCCAGGCAAUCCAGUGUAAUGAAAAAGAGAAAGUGAUCUUUGCUACGCAAAAGAUGAAAGGACCGGCUCUUAGGUGGUGGAAUACUGCAUCUACCUAUUUCACUACCCAGGAGAUCCCUAAGGACUGGCAUUAUUUCAAGGCGGCAUUUUUGGAGAAGUAUUUUCCUAACAGUGUUCGGACCCAGAGAGAAAGAGAGUUCCAGAACUUCAAGCAAGGCAACUUGUCAGUUUCUGAGUAUGCUGAGAAGUUUGAAGACAUGGCUGAUUACUCACGACAGGCUGUCUAUGCCCCUGAUGAGUUACGGAAGAUUGAUCAAUUCUUGAUGGGUUUGCGGGCUGAUAUUGCUCAUAGUGUGUCCCAGAGGGAGUUCACUACUUAUGCUGAAUGUUUGAGACAAUGCUAUGUUGCGGAGAAUAGUUUGAAGAGGGUUCAAGAGGAGAGGAACCAGAAUAGAACUAAUUUCAGAGAGCAAGGAAGAUCGGGCCAGCACCUAAAGCCCCGUAACUCUCCAUCAAAGAAGAAGCAAGGCUAUGGUGACCAAUCUAAUCGACACCCUUAUUGUGAAAAAUGCAAAAGAAGACACCCUGGGGAUUGCAAGCCCACUCCAGUGACUUGUUAUGAGUGUGGCGAGCAAGGUCACAUAUCUACGUAUUGUCCCAAGAAGAAAACUCAGGAGAAGACCACAGGUCGCGUCUAUACCUUGGAUGCAAGAAAGGCCAAAGGGAACAACAAUCUCAUCGCAGGUACUUGUUAUGUAAACAAUCAACCCUUAUUUGUUUUAGUUGAUUGUGGAGCUACUCAUUCCUUUAUUUCAACCGAAUGUGUUUGUCGACUUGGUUUGGAAGUUACUCCACUACCCUAUCCUAUGGCCAUUUCUUCGGCGACCGAUGAUACGGUGGAAGCCCGACUGAUUUGUAAGGAUUGUUCAGUGUCUUUUAAUGGUCGUGACUUUCCGAUUGAUCUAAUUUGUUUACCCCUCAAGAGACUUGACGUCAUUCUUGGAAUGGAUUGGUUAUCUCUUAAUUUAGUGUAUAUUGGUUGUAAGGAAAAGGCCAUAUUCAUUCCGGUAGAAGAGACUUCUUCCGAUGAUGCAAUCACUAAGUUGAUAGAAGAGCACGAAGAGCAUUUGCGGAUUGUAUUGACUACUCUUCGAGAGAAGCAGUUGUAUGCAAAGUUCAGCAAAUGGAAGGCUAAUAAAGUAGCAGAUGCCUUAAGUAGGAAGGAAUUUCGGAUUGCAGAGUUGAUGAUGUUAGAGCAUGGAUUAUUAGAGAAGUUUCGAAACCUCAACCUCCAGUUUGAUUGGACACCCAAUGGUGUACUGAUUAGUAACUUGAGUAUUCAGAACGAACUGCGAGAGAGGAUUUAA